AUGGACAAAAAGUAUCAAAUGAAAAAUGAACAGAAUCAAAAUGAUGAGAAUGGCGUAAACGAUUGGAUUUUCGAAUUUGUACAAAAGUUCGUCGCCUCACGGCCAUCAAAUAAACCAAUCAACCCAAGCACCAUAAACCAGAACAAUGAUGGAGCUGACCGAGAAAAAGAUGAAAGCUCAAAAAGUAGCCUGUUUCCGUUGAAAAAUCAGUUCUAUGCCCUUCAAGCCUCCAACGAACCACAUGCCAAUGAUCCCAUGGCAUCACUCAAGGUGGAAGUUGCUCAUCUCGGUAUUGAAUCAGAUACUGAAGAAAGCGCCCAGUUUUCUCAAGAGGAUGCACGAGACUUGGACAGUCCAGAGAUCGAGUAUAACAUCAGUAUUUGGGAAAAUGAGAAAAACAGCCAACAGUCAAUCCAGAAUCAUGCUCCCGAAAUUCCCCGAAAAGAUCAAGAUGGUUACCUCCUCGAAUGCAACCUAAAUAUUUUUCUCGAAAAACUGGAGCGUUUCUCAGAUCCUCAGAUAAAUCAAAACGAAGGAGAAGAAAUGGGACCCAUCCUGCGCGCCUUUUCAACUGAAGUUAAAAGGCGCGUGUAUCUUGAGAAAAGCGAAGUUUUGGACGAUCAGCCUAUUGCCAUUGAAUUUCUUGAACUCCGACUUGGCCAGCUUCUCGAUGGAAACGAUGAUCAUGCCGUUACUCUCUACACUUUGAUGAGCAAUAAGAUCAAAAUUGAACUUGAUACAGUUCUCCUCAGUCUUAUUCUCCAUUUGGAAUUUAAAUUCCGUCAACUUAAUGCUGUGGAGUUCGCCACGUUUGAAGCCGAAAUGAAGGCUGAGCUGGGUCUUUAG